CAUAAUUUGCAUUUUCUUUUAUGUUUUAAUUAUUUAAAAUCAAGUUAUUUCUACAAGAAAACAAACAGUAAAAGAAAGGUGGAGAAAAAAAGAGUUGAAAAAAAACAAAUAAAAAAUUUCCCCCAAAUCAGAAAAAAAAUUACGCCCAAAAAAAGGGCUGAUCUCUCUCACUCCAGCCACCACAAUUCUUGAUUUUCGCUAAUUUGAUUUUGUCUGAAAAUUUUCUGGGAAUUUCUUAUCAUCAAAACUUAUCAAGUGAGUAUAUCUUUUUUCUCUCUCCUCUUUAAUAUUAUCCAAAAAAUAAAUAUUGCACUAAUAGCUUUGUGUUCUCUAAUCUGCUGGUGAUAAUACUUGGAUUUAAUCUAUACCCUUUUUAUUUUCUUCGAUUUCAGGUGUGUCCAUUUUGUUAAUUUGUCAAAAGAAGUUGAUUGUUGCAGUUUUAGAGCUUCAUUUCUCGCUAAAAAUGGGGUUUUUUGGUGGAUGGGAUUUAAGUAAUUUGUCACAUUUAGCUGAAUUGCAUUAAUUUGUUUGAAUAUUUUCUGCUGGUAUUUGUGUUUUUGUUAAUUUUUUUAAAAUUUUGCUGGCAAGAUCUUAUUUAUUGGAUUCGCGGGGUCUGAAAUAAAUUUGGAUAGUGGAAUGUGUUUGAUGAUGGAAGUUGAUUGAUUUUUGAAGGGGUUUUGGGAUAUUGAAAUUGUUUAUAGUUUCUAAUUUCUGGAUUAUUAGAAGGGAUUAAAGAUUUAGGGUUUUAGGGAUGGUGUCUGGGAGUGACCCUGUUGAAUCAUUACUUAAUUCCAUUCAAGUUGUUAAAGAUGCCUUUUCGCCUCUAGAAGUGGGUUUUAGAAAGGCGGCUAAGGAGUUUGAGUUAACUUGGUUUAACGCGAAGAAUGGCAGUCGUAAUGCUGAACUUUUAGGGCAUUUGAAUGGUUCUAGCAAUGCUGUUGUCAACAGUAAGGGCAGUAAACUUCAUUCAUCUGCGUCAAAGAAGAAAAGUACCUCUUCCCACUGUACUUCUGAUGAGGAUAAGAAGAAAGGGUCGUCGACAAAGCUUCCAUUAAAGAACAUUUUGAGUAUGUUUUCGCCUAACUGUGCCAGUGGUGAUACAAAGGUUCAUGCGCUAAAGGAGAGGUCGAAAGAAAGGGAGUGGGAAAAAAAGGACGGAUCAUGCGUGAACUGUUUGCAGUUUGCGAUGACAUGGUCGGUGUUUGUCAAUGGUUUUGUGCAGGCAUUUCCCACGCCUUUUAAAUUAGGAAAGAAGCGAUGCUCAAAGACGGGUGAUGAGGAAAAGGCUUCAUGUGUCAGUUCGCAAAAAUCUUCAGUUGUAUAUGACUUUGAAAAAAAAGAAACAAAAAAGGGUAUGUUUGUUAUGAUGUUUCCAGCAGAGGACACUAAAUGCAAUGAAGGGAAGCAUUUAAGCCUUGAUCUGGUGAUAGCUCUCAUCUUUGAUCAUAUAACACAUAAUAUACAAAAGCUUGAUAAUAGUGUUAAACAAAACGAGGAAAGGCUGUAUGAAUCUUCACCGCCCUCACCUCCAUCCCCUUCUCAUUUUGAUCACUGGAAGGCAAUGACUAAUAUCUUAGAGGGUAAGAAGGCUGACAUGAAUGUGUUUUUAGGAAAUUUAAAGUUUGCAAGAGUUGGUGGAGCACCUUCUACCCUUGUUGGAGUUACAUCUCCAAUGAAAGAAGAUGAGGAUGAUAGUGUGACUUCUAACAAUAGUGAAGGGUCGAGAGGCUUGUCAGCUCAAAAGUUGGCUAGUGGGUUACUUAAUAUCCCCUUGUCCAAUGUUGAGCGCUUGAGAUCAACACUGUCAACCGUCUCCAUUUCAGAACUUAUUGAGCUUGUUCCUCAUCUUGGACGUUCUUCUAAAGACAUUCCUGAUAAGAAAAAGUUGUUUUCGGUGCAAGACUUCUUCAGAUACACCGAGGCUGAAGGAAGGAGAUUCUUUGAGGAGUUGGACAGGGAUGGGGAUGGGCAGGUAAAUCUUGAAGAUCUUGAGAUUGUGAUAAGGAAAAGAAAACUACCACGCAAAUAUGCAAAAGAAUUCAUGCGACGUGCCAGAAGUCAUCUUUUUGCAAAAUCAUUUGGCUGGAAGCAGUUUUCGACCUUGAUGGAACAGAGAGAAGCAACUAUUCUUCGUGCUUAUACUUCAUUAUGCCUGAGCAAGUCUGGCACACUUCAGAAAAGUGAAAUUUUAUCAUCUUUAACAAAUGCUGGACUUCCUGCAAAUGAAGACAAUGCAGAUGCUAUGAUGAGAUUUUUGAAUGCAGAUGCCGGAGGGUCUAUAUCUUAUGGACAUUUUCGCAAUUUUAUGAUGUUGCUACCUUCGGAUCGUUUGCAAGAUGAUCCUCGGAAUGUUUGGUUUGAAGCCGCAACUGUAGUUCCUGUUGCACCACCUGUGGAAAUUCCUGCUGGGAGCGUUUUACGAUCUGCUUUAGCGGGCGGUCUUGCUUCUGGGCUCUCAACAUCUUUGUUACACCCAAUUGACACCAUAAAGACUCGUGUUCAAACAUCUACGUUCUCUUUUCCUGAAGUAAUAUCAAGAGUUCCAGAAAUUGGAGUCCGAGGCUUAUACAGGGGUUGCAUCCCAGCAAUUCUUGGGCAGUUUACUAGCCAUGGACUACGAACUGGAACUUUUGAAGCGAGUAAGCUGGUGUUAAUACACUUUGCUCCAAAUAUGCAUGAACUGCAGAUGCAAUCAAUAGCAUCAUUCUGUAGCACAUUGCUGGGAACUGCAACGAGAAUACCAUGUGAGGUACUGAAGCAGCGUUUACAGGCUGGACUUUUUAAUAAUGUUGGAGAGGCCAUUAUUGGUACUUGGCAGCAGGAUGGUCUCAGAGGAUUUUUCCGUGGGACAGGUGUGACACUUUGCCGAGAGGUUCCAUUAUAUGUGGCUGGUAUGGGGCUCUACGCUGAGUCCAAGAAGCUUGCUCAGCAUGUCCUGGGUCGGGAACUAGAGGCAUGGGAGACAAUUGCAGUUGGGGCACUAUCAGGAGGUAUUGCUGCUGUUGUCACUACACCGUUUGAUGUACUAAAGACCAGAAUGAUGACAGCUCCUCAUGGGUUACCAAUAUCAACUUCGAUGAUAGCAAUUUCAAUUCUUCGACAAGAGGGUCCCCUUGGAUUCUUUAAAGGAGCAAUACCCAGAUUUUUCUGGGUUGCUCCACUCGGUGCAAUGAAUUUUGCAGGUUAUGAGCUUGCAAAGAAUGCCAUGAUUAAAAAUGAAGAAACAGCAGGGGAUGAAAUUCCUCAGAAGUAGCUGACAAUCUACUUUAAAACCAACAUUCGACGACCUUCCUUUUGUUGUAAAGAUGGUUCUAUUUAGUACAGCUCCAGGAUUUUUUUUUCUUAUUAUAGAGAUAGCAAGUAGUUGCUGCUGGAAAAAUUUUGAGGUGUUUUUUUUUCCUGUCCAGAAAUGGCAGCAGAGCGUUUAGUUUUCAUGUGGCAGAUCUUUUUUUUUUGCCUUAUGUUCAUAUUUGUAAGUUUUGGUGUUUCACAAACAAACGACUAUGUGUUUUUGGUUUCUUACGCGGUCUAGUGGACACGUCUGUGUAGUUACUACUAUAUUCAAUGAGUAGUGAUUCAUACAAAUCAAUAUCCAGUCCUAUAUGACUUGUUCAUCAA